AUGGGACUUGGAUUAUUUCCUAAUUUAUAUUCUAUGAGAUAUUGUAAUGUUAGAGCUAAAGCAAAAAGUUCUAAUACUUUUUGGGAUGAUGAAAAUAAUAAUGUAGAGGAAGAAAAUAAUUAUAAAGAAAGUACUUCAUUAAUAACUAAUAAUAUUUCACCAUCACCUGAUGAUAAAUUUUUAGAAUGUUGCCAAUCUAGAGAUUUACCUAAAAUUUGCCAAAAUAUAUGUUCUUAUUCUAAUUAUACUAAAAAAACACUACAACAAAUGUAUUUUAAUACAAAUGGAUGUCCAUUAUCAGCUAUUUCAAGUAUCCAUUUUUGUGCAUCAGGUGGUAAAAAUCAUAAAGAAUGUUGUAUUAAAAAAGGUGUAUCAUUAACACCAUCAGGUGAUAGGUGUUUAAUUUUUUGUGAUACUGAACCAGCUAUACCAAUGCAACUAGAUAUAAGUUAUGUUAAUUGUUAUGAAAAGUUUGAUGAAAUGAAAGAAUGUUUUUUGAUGGAAAAAAAUACACAAAAUUUAAAUGGUUUUACUAUAAAAGAUCAAGAUAUUCAAUAUGAUAAUAAUAACGAAAAUUUUAAAAGAUUCAAAACAAAUACUGGUGGAUCAUCGUGGUUUUGA